UUAGGGUCAUCGACCGCUUUCUAUGAAUGCGUUAGUGUGUACGUUUCAUGCAUGGUAUUUGCUAUCACAUGCAUACGAGUGAAGAUUGUUUACUCAUAAGCCGCUAUGAUGUACCUAGGUACUGACUGACGACCGCCGAUGUUGCAUGUCGCUCAUCAUCAAGUUUACUAUGAAAACACUAUACUCUUAGGUAUCACAGUCAACUCAAGAAAAAGUUUAACCGUUAUAUUCCUCAUUAUUAUUCUCCACCGUGUCUCACUAAUACGCUUUGUGAUCACAUAAGGAAAUGCGAUGAAUCGCAUAAGAAUGCAUCCUACUUACAAAUCGAUUAUUAAACCGACGUUUGCUUUUGUCAUUGUUAUAAUUAUUUAAAGAAAAUAAUCCUAACAUGUCGAAGGAACGCACAUGCGUGCGUUAGUAUAUUAUGUAUGAUGUUAUUUUACUGUAGUUACGUCUAUUUGUACAAGUGUACUAGUGCGUAGUAGGUAACAGGCGUUCAAAAACGUCGUUGUAUCGCGCACAUGAGAACAUACACAUUGGUCGUCAAACUCGGUCGGGGAAAUCUUUGGCCUGGAUAACUGAGAGUCUUUGUUUACUGUUUUGUAGUUGUUGAGCUGCGUAACCGAGGUGAUCCUUAUUCGAGUGGUAUGUGGCGCGCGGCCUGCAGCGUGCUGUCUGCUGGUUGCGUAAACAGUCUGCUCCUCGACCGCGGCCGCGCUGCACGUGCGUACGACGCGCCACGCGCCACCGACAUGACACCGCGUAAUUAAUAGUGAAUAUAUCGCGCCCACAGUCGCAUUGUUCAAACCUGAGCGCGUGCUCGAGCGUGACCGCUAUGUUUGUGUGAAUAGGAUUAUUAAAUAUCGUGCAGUGUUUUGAUUCUCGAUCAGUUAGCGUUUCGAAAUAUCGGUCAGUGCGUCCAGCCAGAUGGUUAGGAAAAUAAUAGUCGUCGGAAUACGCCACUACGAGGAUCCUUUUUAUAAACAUGUGACAGGCUCGACCGGGCCGCCCCCGGGAUGCGGCCACCAGAGGAACAGAUCGCUGGACUCGGUCCUGCAGAGGAUACCCGAGGACGUGACGCCGACGUCGCCGGAGGGCGCGCCGCUGCGGUCGCCGCUGGAGGCGGGCGCGGCGCGGCUGGCGGCGGCCGGCGCGGGCUCCGACGACUCCGGCAUCCACGCGCCGCCCGACGCCGACGUCGACGAUGCGGAGCCCGUCCGUCGCCCCGCGGCCGCCGCGCGCUCGCGCGAGAGCCUCGACUCCGGCAACCCCGAGGACGCCGACAAGCCGCCCGACCCGCCCGACGCCGCCGCGCCCGCCCAGGACGGCGACGGUGACGGCGACGCCCCCGAUGCGGUCGACGCGCAUCGAACUCCCGCCGCCUCGUCUAAAAACAAAGACUUUCUCCUUCGCCUGUUCGAAAGUAAACUGUUCGACAUGAGCAUGGCGAUCUCGUAUCUGUUCAACUCGAAGGAGCCCGGCGUGCAGACCUAUCUGGCCAACAAACUGUUCUCGUUCCCCCCCGACGACGUGGACUUCUACCUGCCGCAGCUGGCGACCAUGUACAUAGAGAUGGGGGACGUGGCGGACGUGCUGCGGCCGUACUUGGUGCACAGGUGUAAACGGAGCGCGGAUUUCUCGCUGCGGCUCGCGUGGCUGUUGACCGCGUUCGAGGGCGAGGUGAAGCGCUCGAAGGCGUUGAAGCUGCGGGACUCGAUCCUGGCGGACGAGAUCCGGCCCAGCGCGGCGGGGGCGGGGGCGGGGGCGGGGCUGGGUGCGGGCGCUGUCGGCGCGCGGCGCGGGCACCACCGCUCGCAAUCGGACGCGUCGGCGCUGCGGGCGCCGGCCCCGUCCGCGCGGCACCUGGGCGACCUGGCUUCGGGACGCGCCUUCGACAACGGCUGCCUCUGCGCCGAACACUGCGUGUGCGGGGCGCCCCGACUCACGCCGCAGAUACAGUUCAUCAACGCGCUGGUGAACAUCGGUCGUCGGCUGGCGGGCGUGGCCGACAAGGAGCGCCGCAACGGGAAGCUGCGCGCGGAACUGGCCGCCCUCGACCUCAACCUGCCCGCGCGCGUGUGCCUGCCGCUACACCCCCGGCCCCACCACGUGCUGCGCAUCCCGCCGCACGCCGCCGCGGUGCUCAACAGCAAGGACAAGGCCCCGUACAUAAUGUACGUGGAGGUGCUGGAGACGGCGCCGGACGGCACGGGGGGGCUGCCCCCGCGGCUGCUGCCCCCCGCGCCCCCCGCGCCGCAUUCGCCCCCCAUCCGGCACACCAAGAGCGAGGAGAACCUGGCCCCCCCGCCGCUCUACUACCCGCUGCCGCUGGAGCCGCCCGACCUGGCCGACCUGGCCGACUGCUGGAGCCCGCACGACCCGCAUGACCCGCACGACCUCAGCGACGCGCCCCACGACACCAUCUCGCAGAUAUCGGUGCAGUCCGGGUCGAGUAGUGUGAGCGGGGCGAGCCUCGACCAGUUGUCGUUGUCGGGCGCAGGUGCGGGCGCAGGGGUGGGCGCCGUGGGGGCCGGCGACGUGCGGCGACGACUCGCCGACGCUACUGCGGCCCCCCCUCCCAACACAUUCCGGCACGACCCCGCCGACCCCUCCGCUGCCACGCUCAAGGAGUGUUGGGAGAGCAAGCUGUCGCGCCUGCGCGCGUCGUCGCCGUACGGCACGCUGGCGGGCUGGCGGCUGCUGGGCUGCAUCGUGAAGGUGGGCGACGACCUGCGCCAGGAGCUGCUGGCCGCCCAGCUGCUGCGGCGCCUGCAGGCCGUCUGGGACGCGGAGCGGGUGCCGCUGGUGCUGCGGCCCUACCGCAUCACCUGCCUCGACCGCGACGCCGGCCUCAUCCAGCCGGUGGUGAACUCGGUAUCGCUGCACCAGAUCAAGAAGCAAUCGGGCGGCGCCUCACUACGCGCCUGGCUCGAACUGGAACACGGCGCCCCUACUACGGAGUCCUUCUUGAGGGCACAGACCGCCUUCACGCGGUCCGCGGCCGCUUAUUGCCUCGCCUCCUACCUGCUGCAGCUCAAAGACAGGCACAACGGGAACAUUUUACUAGACAGCGAGGGACACAUCAUCCACAUCGACUUUGGAUUUAUAUUCUCGAACUCUCCCAAGAAUUUAGGAUUCGAGAGUUCUCCAUUCAAGUUGACGCGCGAGUUCGUGGAGGUGAUGGACGGCGAGUCGUCGGACAUGUUCCAGUACUUCCAGCUGCUGCUGCUGCGGGGCUUACUGGCCGCGCGGAAACAUUGCGACCAGAUCGUCAACAUAGUGGAGACCAUGCGGACCGGCGGUCAACUAUCGUGCCUGCGGUCUUCCGGUUGCGUGUCCGCAUUCCGGGCCCGCUUCCACCUGAACCGCACCGAGCCGCAGCUGCAUCAGCUCGUCACCAGGCUGGUGAGGGACGCCACGCACUCGCUGUCCACGCGCCUCUACGACAACUACCAGUACUACACCAACGGCAUCCUGUGACCGUCUAUCUAUACACAUACACACACACACACACACACACACAUACA